AAAAGUCGGGAUCGCGACACAAGGCCUCCACCUCUUUUGCCAUGGAUCGUGGUUAUGACGAGGACAGAAGGUGGCAGGAUGGGCCUCAGCAAAAUGAUACACGGAUGCCCAACAGGUAUUCUAUGCCUCCUACGACGGCACCGGGUCGAUCAACGCCCCUUCCACGAAACAUCAAUAAUUACCGCCCUCCAAGACGCAUGAGUCCACCGAGACGUCGUUCAGAUUACUCUAUGCCUCCUCCUGCGCCAAGAAGGGAUUGGGAAGUGGAGGAAAGUCUGAAGUUCAAGCCAACUUUCACGGUGGAGGACGAAAUCGAGAGGAAUAGACAGUUGAGCUCGGGCUACGAAGGCCCGCAAGGGCCGUCAGUUCCACUAUUCUACCCCGACAGUCAAAGCCCAGACCGCUCCCAACAGACACGCAUUCGUACACCCCGGAAUCAGGAUUUCAUGCACCAAGAGAAUGUGCAGGACAGCGACAUGCGAGGGCGUCAAAUGAACGAGUUUGCACGCCGUCCUCUACCUACAUCGGCGCCUCAUACACCGAACUCUACGUACAUACCAUUGCCCUCGACACCUGCUCCACAAGCAUCGAAGCAUGUUUCAAUUGAGAACGUGCCCGUGACAAUGAACGCCGCGGAUUUACGCGAUUUAUUUCGUGAGGCUCAGGAUGUGACACAAGGAGGCUCCGCGACAUUCACAUUGAGUUUCGAAUCAUUGAAGGAAGCCACGGAGGCCGUGGAGUCUGGUGGUGCGUCUUUCUUGGCCAGACAGGGCGUGAAGAUGACGUAUGGCUCCACGACGACUGAUGACAGUUAUCUUCGGAAGGCUCAAGCGCCUCUGGCUCCACGCCAGACCUCGAACGGCGUCUUCAGGAAGGAACCUCUUGGAACGCCUUCGACUGGUCUGUUCAUUCGUGGUUAUCCGAGCCAGUUUACGGAGGACGACUUACGACGCUUUUUCCCAACGGCCAUUUCAUCGCACGCACGAACCGGACAGAAGGGGGGACAGAAGGGAAAGGGCUGGCUAGGCUUCGUGAACUUCGCAAGUGUUGAUGCGGCCAAGGAAGCAAGCGAGUUGCCAGCGGUUGAGAGCCUCAAGAGCGCCGGAGCUGAGGUGACGUUCACAAGAGACAAGAAGAUGCUUGCUGGCAAUCAUGCGACGUCGUCUACAGGGCAUCAAGAAGCAGCACCGCUGGAUGAUAAGCAAGAAGACGAUAUUCCAGCCACGCAAGAGAUGCUCGUGAUUGGAAGGGACCCAGACAGCCCCCCGGACAGGAACAUUUUAGCCUCGACUACAGCAUUUGUAAGGCCGAAUGAAGCGCGUCCCUCUUCAAGACAAGAAACGACCGUUUCGUUCUUCAAUCGUGAUGGUAUGGUCGAUCCGGCCCCAAAGAAGAGGAAGAGGGACCAAGAGGGGAUUGAGAUCCUAGAGUUGGGGGAAGCAAAAUCCGCGCCUGAACCACGGAACCACGUCGUAGACGCAAACCCAGGAGAAGAUGAUGAAGGAAUAUCCAGCAAACCAAAGAUUAAGAAGAAAAAGAAGGCGCAUCAGGAUCAGUCAGUGACGGUUUCGGAACCCAGUGAGAGGGACACUCCGAACGGAGGUGAAGCAACCGUACAGAAGAGAACUAAGGAGCGUUCUUCCCGGGAGCACAAGGAAAGGGAAGAUGCAGCUGAUAGGUCAAAUCCCGACGCGGUUGUCAGCUCUACAACUGCAGUGACAGAAAAGGAGAAAAACCGGAAAAGGUCCAGGCGAAGCGACGUCAUCGAUGUCGACGUUGAAAGGGUCGUGCAGGAGCCGGUAGUUACAAGGAAAGAGCGCAAACAGAAGCGUCGGCCUGAACCCGAACCGACUCCAGAACCUUUGGAAGCGCAAUCUGACUCUGACAGUAGCUCGUCGUCCAGUGCCUCGUCUCUCAAUUUCGAGUCUUCCGACGAUGAAUAUGAGGCUACUACACGCCUUCAGCAGGAGCACCUCAUCAAAGAUCUGAUUCACGAUAUUACCGCUGACCAGCGAAGGUUGAAGAAGCAGAGACGUGUUGUGUAUGACCUAGAGGAGAGGAUCAACCGACGCAUUUCGAGGCUACAGGCGCAAAUGUCAUCAGUGGCGGAAUUGCUUCAGACCGACGAUGCACCAGCUGAACGCGAGCAGAGCGUCAUUGAAACCCCGGUCAUUCGAAACCGACCAGCAGCUGAGUCGAGCGCGACGUUGCCUGCUCCAGAAGAGAGCAGGAAGAAGCCCGAAAAGAGUUCCGAGCGCAAGUCAAAGAAGAAGUCAAAGGAGGUCGAACCGGUUGAAAUCAACAUCUCACAGCGACGUCUCAACAUGAUCAACGCAAGCGGAGAAAUGAGAAAAAACGGAGCUCGCAACUCUCGAUCAUUGCUGACGCAUCCUGCCUUCGACGACCUCGCUAUGACAACCUCCUUGGACGGCUCAGUCAGGUUCUGGAACGCGCAUGAGAGACAGAUUAUCCAUGAGGUUACCCAUGAGAAAUGGGACCGGCCUACCAUGCCAGAAGACGCAGCAUGGGUAGAUCCCGGCGUGAUCGCGCUUGCCGCCAGCAGCAGUGGGAACCGCGGCGAUCCUUCUCAGGUAUCCUUGUUGCAGUUCAGCGUGGACAGCAGAUGCAGGACUGUCGAUGCGACACCUCACAUCUUGCCCGACCAUCCCCAUGAAGGUCAAGGAGUCUGCGCUAUCGCUGCAUUCGGUCAAGGCAAAGACAGCCAUUUCCAAUUUGCUACGUCCGGAUUCAGGCAUGAAGUGUAUGUGUGGGACAUCAACCGCGAAACAUACGAAGCUGAGUCUAUCGUCUCAGUGCACAAGACCCACACAGCUGCCGUCCGAGGUCUCGAGUGGGAGGGUUCACGGAAUUGGCUCGUUUCCGCUGACUCCAAGUUCGUUGCGUGGGAUAUGACUGCACAACGGGAGGCGAGGACGAUCAAGUUACCGAAGGUCGUGCAUGCUAUUCAGCACAACCCUGUCAACAAGGCGUUAGCAAUGUUGACCGUCGGCAGUCGUAACAACCAACUCCGGUUAAUCGACUACCGCGUUCCAGAAAACAACAGCAUUGUCCGCGAAUUCGAUUUCGGCUCAUACCACUCCGGAACAGCCGCGAUCUCCUCCUACAUCCGCGGUGCGUGGAAUACCGCCAACCCCUCCAUGUUCGCAAUCGGAACACAUCAAGGAAAGGUGUUGUUGUGGGAUAUCCGAUUCAACAAGACCAAUUCGCCGCAGGUAUUGCAGAUUCAUCCACCGGACAAGAAGGUUUUGCAGACGGCGUUUUUGGGGAGUGAUACUAUGUUGACGUUUGGGUCGGAGAACAUGAUUAACUUUAUGAAGUUUAAGACUGUGUUGGCGGAUGUCGUACAGACGUGAGACGAUAGACAUUUUCUCAAGACACUUAGACUAGCUAUAGCUACCGAGCUUUCGUGGGAACACU